AUGGAAAAUCUUAAAUUUACUUUUUUCUUCACUCUGUUGCUCUUCAUUUCUCUCCUUCCUACAUCACUCUCCACAGGGAUUAAGGUACAGCAGGACAAAGAUGAGCCUUAUGUGGGUGUGAACAUAGGCACUGAUGUGUCUAAUUUGCUUUCACCUGCAGAUUUGGUAGCUUUUCUGCAGUUACAAAAGAUAACCCAUCUUCUUGCUAUUGGGUCCUCCAAUGUCACCGCCGCCACAUGGAUUGGCCGCAAUGUGGCGGCGUACUACCCUGAAACGCUCAUCACCGCCGUGGCAGUGGGUGAUGAGGUGUUGACUACUGUUACAAGUUCAGCUCCUUUGCUUAUGCCAGCAAUUGAGUCACUCUACAGUGCUCUCGUGGCUGCAAAUUUGCAUAACCAAAUCACGAUUUCAACUCCAAAUGCUGCUUCAAUUGUUCUUGACCCUUUCCCACCCUCCCAGGCCUUUUUCAAUCAAAGUUUGAGCCCUGUCAUUUCACAACUAUUGCAAUUUUGUUCUAGGACCCAGUCGCCUUUGAUGAUGAAUUUAUAUCCUUACUAUGUGUUUAUGGAGAAUAAGGGUGUUGUGCCUUUGGAUAAUUCUUUGUUUAAGCCCUUGACACCCUCGAAAGAAAUGGUUGAUCCUAAUACUUUGCUGCACUAUACUAAUGUUCUUGAUGCUAUGAUUGAUUCAGUGUAUUUUUCUAUGAAGAAUCUUAAUGUUACUGAUGUGAUAGUUCUUGUUACUGAAACGGGGUGGCCUUCGAAAGGGGAUUCGAAGGAACCUUAUGCUACGAUUGACAAUGCAGACACUUACAAUUCAAAUUUGAUUAAGCACAUUUUUGAUCGUAGUGGAACACCAUUGCAUCCGGAAAUUACUUCUAAUGUAUAUGUAUAUGAGUUGUUUAAUGAGGAUUUGAGGUCUUCACCUGUGUCUGAGGCGAACUGGGGACUCUUUUAUGGGAAUUCGACAGCUGUUUACUUGCUUCACGUGUCAGGGAGUGGUACAUUUUUGGCCAAUGACACAACAAAUCAAACAUAUUGCAUAGCCAUGGACGGCAUUGAUGCAAAAACAUUGCAGGCUGCUUUGGAUUGGUCUUGUGGACCGGGGAGAGCAAAUUGCUCGGAGAUUCAGCCAGGGGAGAGUUGUUAUCAGCCUAAUAACGUGAAGAACCACGCAUCUUAUGCCUUCGAUAGUUAUUACCAGAAGGAAGGGAAUUCCCCUGGUUCUUGUGAUUUUAAGGGUGCAGCCAUGAUCACCACUACUGAUCCAAGUCAUGGCAGUUGUGUUUUUCCUGGAAGUAAGAAGCCUAGCAAUAACAAGGCGAGCCAGGCAGUGAACUCCACGGAACAAUCAUCAUCAUCAUCAUCACCGGCAAAACCUAAAUGGGCGUGCAAAGACUGCACUUUCUUGAACCCAUAUCAAAGCACAAGUUGUGAAAUCUGUGGAGCUAGGGCUUCUGCUUCUUUACUUUCCAUUCUCGAAGUUGAUGAUGAUGAUAUUUAUGAAGCGCAAUUGGGCUCCGGCUCCUCUAUUGGGAGCAUUUUCUACCCUUUGAAGUCUUGUAAUAAUACGAAGAGGGAAAAUGAAGGAAAUCGAGUUUUGGCGAACGGUGGUGGUGAUUCGGAUGAUUCUUCACGCGAGGUUAAGGGUGGUUUGUUGGAUUUGCAGCCUAGCAAUAAUAAGAAGGAAAAUAGGGAGAGCCAUAAUUUGAGUACUGGUGAUGGCAGCGCGGCUUGUUCUUCUCGUGGGUUAAAGGGUUCUUUUCCGCCUUUGCGUCCUUGUAGCAAUAAGAGGAAAAAUAGGGAAGACGCAGACAUGGGUGGUGAUGGUGGUGCAGGCGAUUCGAUUGAGUUUAGAGCUGUAAAGGCUAUUGAAAUUGAAUCACCGGGUGCAGCUGUAAGUGAUUCUCAUCUAGGCACUAAGCCUAAAACAACGAAGAUUUUGAGUUACAAUGUUUGGUUUCGAGAAGAUCUUGAGGUGCAAAAGAGGAUGAAAUCUCUUGGAGAUCUUAUUCAACUGCAUUUGCCUGAUGUUAUAUGUUUUCAGGAGGUUACUCCAAAUAUUUACAAAAUUUUCCGGCAAUCAAGUUGGUGGAAGGACUACCGCUGUUCAGUGUCAAGUGAAGUGGCAUUUGCAGGGCCAUAUUUCUGCAUGCAGUUAAGUAAUCUUCCAAUAAAAUGCUACAGCUGCAAACCUUUUGACAACUCUAUAAUGGGAAGAGAACUUUGUAUUGCUGAAGUUGAAGCGCGGACUGGUAUUGAAUUGGUUGUUGCCACAAGCCAUCUGGAAAGUCCCUGUCCAGGCCCGCCAACUUGGGAUCAGAUGUUCAGCAAGGAACGUGUAGAUCAAGCGAAGGAGGCUGUAAAGUUUCUUGAGAAAAAUCACAAUGUCAUUUUUUGUGGUGAUAUGAACUGGGAUGACAAGUUGGACGGUCAAUUUCCUUUAUCUGAUGGAUGGAUUGAUGCUUGGACAGAGCUAAGACCCAGAGAAGUUGGAUGGACAUAUGACACCAAAUCAAACAAGAUGUUGAGUGGUAACCGGACUCUGCAGAAACGGCUGGAUCAAUUUGUAUGCAAGUUGAGAGACUUCAAGAUAAAUGAAAUUGAAAUGAUUGGGAUGGAUGCGAUUCCCGGUCUAUCGUACAGCAAGGAAAAGAAAGUGAAAAAACAGGUUCAGAAUAUGGUGCUUCCUGUUUUACCUAGUGAUCACUAUGGACUACUUUUAACAAUCUGUCCCAACAAGACAACUUAA